UGAAUAAAACCAAAACCAUAAUAAACACUACCUUUACUUUCUCUCUCUUCAAUUCCAUUAUAACAUUUCUCUAGUAGCAUAUUGAAAGUUUUUAUUUUUCUUGUACCUCAAAGCAAAACUUGGUUGUCAUCAUAAAGGAUCAUAAACAAAUCAUGGGGGGUGAAGAAGGAAGUUUGAAUGAAGAAGAAAUGAAAUGGCCACCAUGGUUGCAACCACUUCUCCAAACAAGGUUCUUUGUUCAAUGCAAAGUGCAUGCAAAUUCCAAUAAAAGUGAAUGCAAUAUGUAUUGCUUGGAUUGUAUCAAUGGAGCUCUUUGUUCAACUUGUCUAGCUUCUCAUAAAGAACACAAAGUUAUUCAGAUAAGAAGGUCUUCAUACCAUGAUGUGAUAAGAGUAUCUGAAAUACAAAAAAUAGUGGACAUAACUGGAGUUCAAACAUACAUUAUAAAUAGUGCAAAGAUUGUAUUCUUGAAUGAAAGGCCUCAACCUAGGCAUGGAAAAGGAGUCACCAAUACUUGCCAAGUUUGUGAAAGAAGCCUUCUUGAUUCAUUCACCUUCUGCUCCCUUGGUUGUAAGAUAGUUGGAACCUCUAAGAAAAUUGGAAAGCAAAAAAAGUUAAGUGAAGAAGAUGGUUCAGAUGGUGAAGAAUCAAAUAGUAAUGGAAGUGAGAACAAGAGAAACAACAUUCAGAGCUUUACACCUUCAACACCACCACCUUAUAGAAUAGCUAAGAGGAGGAAGGGGGUUCCACAUAGAGCUCCAAUGGGUGGAAGCUUGUUGUAGAAUAUACUUAUACUAACUACUAAUAAUUGAUAAAUAUUUUAAUUUAUGUUGAGUUUAAUAAAAUUACACCAAAUUAUUGAACUACAACUUUUAGUAAAGUUAUGGUGUUACUGUAAUUUUAUCAAACAUAAUGUUGCCUAUUCAAAUCCAUAA